AUGAGGACGAAUGAUUUUGUAACCCGGUUCCUGGCCCUCUCCAUCCAAGGGGGUCUUGGUUAUGAAAAUGCAGUGGAGCUGCUGGAAUGCAAUGUGAACCCCCACAUUGCAGAACAACUUUACCUGCAGGAUAUGAGAAGUGAGAAUCUCUCUGAAGCAGCGGAGGAGGUUCAAAAGAUAGGUAGGGCCAUAGAGCUCUACAAAAUGCACCAAGGUGGGCGUGGUGCUCCUAUGGAUAUUGGCGCGGUCCAGGGCGGACAAAAGCGCAGAUUCACCUGCUUCAAUUGUGGGCAGGAGGGGCACAUGGCCCAAGAUUGUAGAAAUAGGGCGCAGGCUGUCCAACAAAAAAACCAAGGGCGCCAGGUGCACCAAUUAGAAACGGAGAAAUUGGACGAUCAGCUCAAUACUCUGGCCGGUUAUUCUUACGACAAGAUCCGGGCCUUCUUUUAUGAUCAGCAAGCCGCUGAGAUGAAGGCUCAGGGAAAAGAGUUUGGAGCUUAG